AUGUCGUUGAAAGCUCUCGCAGUUCUUCCGCUCGUCGCCAUCCAAGGCGUCCUUGCUUACCCAUGGGUAGCAAGUGCUCCCGGCGUUGACUCUUCCAUCCUCAAGAGUGGUGCUUAUCGAAGGGAUGAUCCAAACUGCCCGUUCAACCCCAAUCACGAGCCGGCCGCUCCACUGACAGCCCAAUUUCCCUACAAUAAUGCCCGCUUUCCCGCACGAGGCAACCAGCGAGGUGGCUAUCCUGUGCCCGCGCCUGGCGAUACAGCGCACGAGUUCCGCGCUCCUCGCCCUGGUAUCGACAUUCGUGGCCCUUGUCCUGGUUUGAACGCCGCAGCCAAUCAUGGAUUCCUCGCAAGAGACGGCAUAGUUACCUACGCCGAGCUCGUGGACGCUCAGCAGAAUAUGUACAAUGUCGGCUUCACACUUGCCAACAUCCUCGCCAUUGCAGGUGUCGGACUUGAUGGAGAUUUGAUCAGCAACAAAGUUUCCCUCGGAUGUGAUGCGACAUCUCGCACUCGCUCUCCUUUGAGUCUUCUUGCUAGCCAGCCUGGAUUGAAUGGGCACAACAAAUUCGAGGCAGACUCCAGUCUCACCCGAAAUGACUUCUUCACCGGACCAGGCAACGACAACUUCAGAGUCAACACUACGCUCUUCGGUUUCAUGAUGGACACCUGCCAAGGCAACUGUGGCCGAGAAGAGCUGUCCAUCUAUCGUGAGCAGCGCUGGCAGCAGAGCAUGAGGGAGAAUGGCAACUUCUUCUUCGGCCCAGGCAGUCUGCUCCUCUAUGGAGCUGCAACCUUCCUGUACGAGCUGUUCCCGGGCGAGGGUGGUUCUCCAGAUGAGGCGACCAUGAUGUCCUUCUUCGCCAUCUCGAAAGAUGCCAAUGGAAAUUACGUCCAGAACAGUGGCGAGCGCGUGCCGCCGAACUGGCGCCCAAGAGUCGAAUCCUACGAUAGCGAGGUCACCAGCGAGAUCCUCCAGAUGUAUCUCCUCAAUCCUGUCCUCUUUGGCGGUAACAUUGGCCCAAAUAACUUCAAUGGACUCAACUCGGGAGAGGCGAUUCGGAACGGGACUCUUGUAAACACGGCCCCUGGUGCAGCAGCUUGCUUGAUCUACCAAGCCAUCGCCUCAGGUUUCCCAGCGACCUUUGGUGAGGCUAUCAAUUUGCCAAUCAGUGUCUUGAACCAGAUCACGGACAGAUUGGCUCCUUUCGCAUCGAACUUUGGUUGCCCGGUGAACCAUAACGAUGGCUCGCCCUGA